AUGGGCCGCUGGGAGAACCGCACCCUGACGGUCAAGUACCCGGUGUGGCCGCGCUUCAACUCGUUUGGCGACGCGGAGAUGGACGACAACCACCUGAGCAUCGUGACUCUGGAGGAGAAGCCCUUCGUCAUCGUGGAGGACGUGGAGAGGCUGACUGGAACCUGCAUGAGGAACUCGGUCCCCUGCAGGAAACACAUCAAAGACAACACUACGGAGGCGGGCGGGACAUACAUCAAGAAGUGCUGUAAGGGAUUCUGCAUUGAUAUCCUGAAGAAGAUAGCCAAGUAUGUCAAGUUCACCUACGAUCUUUACCUGGUGACCAACGGUAAACACGGGAAAAAGAUAAACAACGUGUGGAACGGGAUGGUGGGAGAGGUGGUCUAUAAGAAAGCUGUCAUGGCCGUCGGGUCUCUGACGAUCAAUGAGGAGCGUUCUGAGGUCAUCGAUUUCUCCGUCCCGUUCGUGGAAACUGGAAUCAGCGUCAUGGUCUCCCGUAGCAACGGGACUGUUUCUCCAUCAGCCUUCCUCGAGCCAUUCAGUGCUUCGGUGUGGGUGAUGAUGUUUGUGAUGCUGCUCCUAGUGACUGCUAUGGCUGUAUUCAUGUUUGAAUAUAUCAGCCCUCUAGGCUUCAACAGAAACCUGGCACAGGGUAGAGACCCCCAUGGGCCCUCAUUCACCAUGGGGAAGGCUGUGUGGCUGCUGUGGGGUCUGGUGUUCAACAACUCCGUCCCGGUCCAGAACCCCAAGGGCACCACCAGUAAGUUCAUCGUGUCGGUGUGGGCCUUCUUCGCUGUCAUCUUCCUGGCCUCCUACACGGCCAACCUGGCCGCCUUCAUGAUCCAGGAGGAGUUUGUCGACCAGGUCACCGGGCUCUCCGACAACAAGUUCCAGAACCCGUAUGCGUACUCCCCACCGUUCCGCUUUGGAACCGUGCCCAACGGGAGCACGGAGAGGAACAUCAGGAAGAACUACCCCGACAUGCACCAGUACAUGAUCAAGUACCACCAGACCGGGGUGCAGGAUGCGCUGGUCAGCCUGAAGACGGGUAAACUGGAUGCGUUCAUCUAUGACGCUGCGGUGCUGAACUAUGCGGCUGGCCGUGACGAGGGCUGCAAGCUGGUCACCAUCGGCAGCGGCUACAUCUUUGCCACCACGGGCUAUGGCAUCGCCCUGCAGAAGGGCUCCUACUGGAAACGGCAGGUCGACCUCGCAAUCCUCGCUAUCAUUGGAGACGGAGAGAUGGAGGAGCUGGAGGCCCAGUGGCUGACGGGGAUCUGCCACAACGAGAAGAACGAGGUCAUGUCCUCCCAGCUGGACAUAGACAACAUGGCGGGCGUCUUCUACAUGCUGGCAACCGCCAUGGGCCUGUCUCUCAUCACCUUUGUGUCAGAACACCUGUUCUACUGGAGGCUGAGAUACUGCUUCACCGGGGUCUGCACCGGGACACCUGGCCUGCUGUUCUCCAUCAGCAGGGGUAUCUGGAGCUGCAUCCAUGGUGUUCACAUCGACAUGAAGAAGAAGUCAGACAUGGACUUCAGUCCUCAAGCCAACAUGCUGAAGCUCAUCAAGUCCGCCAAACAGAUGACCAACAUGUCCAACCUGAGCGCCUCGCGCAUCAACUCGCCCAAAAGAGCGGCCGAGUUCAUGCACUCGGCAGGGCCCAUGAUCAUGGACAUGAUGGCAGAGAAAGGAAACUUCAUCUACGCAGACAACCGCAGCUACGCCCCCAAGGAGGUCAUCUACGGGGACACGGGCGACCUUCAGACCUACCUGGCCAACCGCCACAAAGACCACCUGAACAACUACAUCUUCCAGGGGGGGCAGCACCCCCUCACCCUCAACGACGCCAACCCCAACACGGUGGAGGUGGCGGUGAGCGCGGACGCUGCCCAGACCAACGCCAAGCCCUCGCGGGCGCUAUGGAAGAAGUCCGUGGACACGUUGAGGCAGGGCCCCGCCCCCGUGCCCGACAUGCUGUCCCCUGAUCCCCGCAUGUCCAUGAAGACGCAGCGCUACCUGCCCGAGGACGCCACCCACUCCGACAUCUCCGACUGCUCCAGCAGAGGGACCUCCUACAAAGACCCAGAUAACAACAAGCACCUGAAGCCCAAGGACAACUUAAAAAAAAGAUCCUUGACAUCGAAAUACCCCAGGGACUGCAGCGAGGUGGAGCUGUCCUAUUUAAAGACUAAGCAGGGCAGCGCAGUGGGCCAGGCAGGGAGAGGGGAGAAGAUUUACACCAUCGACUCAGACAGGGAGCUCAGCCUACAAUCUGAUCCCAUCCACUACCGCGAGAGCCGCGGGCUGGCGGCAGACGACCUGGACUACCCCGAGAUCUACUCCGACCACAACGACAACUACAGGAAGUGUGACCAGCCCAUCAUCCACCUAAACUCCAGCCCCCUCCACCACACAGACUCAGAUCUGCUCCCUGACUCGGCCUACGCCAAGCACUACAGCCUGAAGGAGAAGAACCUGCCCCUGUCCCCGCACGAGUCCAACGAUCGCUACAAACAGACGCACUGCCGCUCCUGCCUGUCCAAGGUGCCCUCCGGCUAUCCCCCCGGGGCGCACUACACCCCCACCGCCUCCGCCGCCUCCACCUCCACCGCCGCCGCCGCCGCCGCCGCCCGCUCUCCCUACAACCGCUGUGAAGCCUGCCUUCACACCGCCAACCUCUACGACAUCAGCGAGGACCAGCUUCUCCAGGAUGCCCUCCUCAAUCCCAGCAUGCACCAGGACGAGAUGUUCGGCCUGUACUGGCCCCAGACCGACGGGCCGCACGUCCAGAAGAGGAACCGCCUCCGGCUGAGCCGCCAGCACUCCUUUGACAACAUCAUGCUGGAGAAGCCUAAGGAGAUGGACCUGGGCAGACCAGCCCGCAGCGUCAGCCUGAAGGAAAAGGACCGCUUCCUGGACGACUCGCCCUACGCCAACCUGUUCAACGUCCGCCCCUACUCGGACAGACUGUUCGGCUCCAAGUCCAUGUUCAACCACAACCUGGAGGAGAGUAAGAGGAGCAAGUCCCUGUACCCGGACCAUGGAUCCGACAAUCCCUUCCUUAGCUCCUCCCUCAGGGACGACACCAGACUGGUCCACGGACGCAGCUCAUCCGACAUCUACAAACAGCUGGCCUCCGCCCCGCUCAAAAUGCGCAACGAGAACAAUCUGCGCUCGUCCGUCAAGUCCACCGCCUCCUCCUACUGUUCGCGGGACGGGCGGAUAGCCAAUGACAUGUACAUAACUGAGCAUGUGAUGCCUUACGCAGCCAAUAAGACUAGCGCAUACUCAGCCCCCCGCGUCCUAAACUCCGCCCAGUUCAGCAAUAGACGGGUGUAUAAGAAAAUCCCCAGUCUGGAAUCAGACGUUUAAUCAUGUUUCUGGGUUUGUAUUAUAGUUUCAACUAUCUAUCCACUUACGAUGCCAUAGCCACACUCUUCUUCUCGACAUCGUAAUCCUAACUAAGUACUUGGGUACUGCUGUACUGCUGUUCUCUUUAUGGUUCUCACUGUUCGUCUGUUCUCAACCAUGGAUGGAUCAGGUGUCCGCACUACGCUCUGCCACGCGGGUUCCAGGGGUGGGGGGAAGGGUUUCUGACAGCCUCCCUCCCUUCGAUGGGAGAGGGAGAUAAAGAGGGAGAAAAGAGAGAAGCAGGUUGAGGCAUGAUGCGAUGUACCAAGCCACGGAGAGAGCGGUAGGGGAGGGGUCU